AUGUUAAAGUUACGUUCCCCUCUCUUACAACGUUUGAACAGGCAAAUAAGAUGUGCUAGUACAUCCUCCUAUAAUAAUGCACUGUUGACAUUAAAGAAGGAUUUGAAAGAGGCAAUGAUAUCAAAGAACGAUUUGAAAAAAAACACAAUUAGAGGAUUGUUAUCUGCUAUUAAGAACAAAGAAAUAGAUAAUAGGGAUAAAAAUUUCGAUGAGUUCAUGCUAUUUGAAGUUUUUUCGAAGUUGGUAAAGCAAAGACAAGAUUCUAUCAAGGAAUUCUUGAAAAAUGAGAGAGGCGAGCUUGUGGACAAGGAAAAGCAAGAAAUGCAACUUAUUCAGGGAUACAUGGACAGUUUGCCCGUUUCCACGAGCGAGGAAAUUGACAUAAAGGCUGUGGAGUAUUUGGAAAAGUUGAAAGCUUCACAACCAGAGCUUCAAAUGAAGCAGGUCUUUAAUAAGAUUGACUGGAACACAAUGCCGGCAGCUUGGAAAGCCUCACCAAAUGCCAUCAAAAGUAGUAUUGCAGCUCACUAUAAAAAAUUUUUCUGGAAUUGA